CAAGAUACUAAUCUAGCGUUAUCGUGGAACUGUCUCAAUCCUGGGUUCCGCUCGAUUCUUGAUGGCCUGAGCCGUUGAACUAUCGUAACCGUAUCUUGUCACACCCCAAAAAUGUUAACAACGCUGGCGUUAGGAGGUCUUGUUACUUCAAUUCUGCAAAUACGUACAGACCAGCAUUGGCUGGUGGCUGGCCGACUAGUCACGGGUGAGGUGUAACACAAAGUCUAGCCCUCUUCAGGCAACAAACUGACACUAUAUCGUCGCCACUGACAUUUAAUCUCAAAGAAUUCGGAUUAUGUUGCCUUCUCAAAGGAACGUGUACUAACUCCUUUUGCACCUGCCUUCAUGGGCUGUGCAGACCAGCCAGGGCGUAUAUAUGCAAUCCAUCAGACAGAGUAAUUAGUGGUGCGCGUAUGCAUUCACAUUCACCUCAUCUCACAAAUGUCCUCAGUUACGGAUCCAGAAGCUAUCAUUAAUGAAUUCGUUAAUACCAUACAUCCUGCUUUUGUCACUACCGUGGUGAAUAUUGCCUUCUCUGCCUCCUUGUUUACCCUCUUUGCUGUCCUUCUUGCUCUCUCCACCAAGGAGUCUCGAUGCCGCGCAGUAUUCCGACUGAAUGUGUUGGCUGUCUGUAUCGUUUUAGCGAUGGGCAUGCUGGUUGGUUUCAGCAAUGGGAAGAUCGUUGUGGGCCAGCUCGGUUCGCUGCCGCUAAGUAUCUUCCUUGCUGAACUCGCCUUCAUCGUCUUCCCACCGUUACUGUGCGACUCGAUAUUGUUAACCCGCCUCUUUGCACUCUAUCCCCCCACCAGUUCACCUCCGACUACUUUAUUGAAGAUAUUUGCAUUUCCCUUCUGUGUGAAAUGCGCUCGAGUGGUGGUUCUCAGUCUUUUUCUCAAUCGCUGUACUAGCUCUGCGGCGAUUAUGGAUGGAGUCAACCUCGACCCGGAUGAGGUUGCCACCUGGUUCUUCCGUAACCCUUACAUGAUUGCUGAGUGGACGUUGCAAAUAAUAGACAACUCGUAUUUUGUUACUGUCUUCCUCUAUAACCUCCGUGUCCGUGUGGGUUCGAUCAAGCGCAUGGGUGGAAUGACAGCCCGCAUCCAUCAAAUAUUUUACAUUUCUGCUGCAAAUUUCGUCUUCCCUCUCAUCUUCAACAUCAUGUUAAUCAUCGGCACAUCUGUUGCCUCGACUGGCCAGCUCUUGGUCGUCGGCUCGUUGCUAUUGUUGAUCAACAGCUAUGUAACGGUCAUGGGUGUAUUGUGCGCAACGGUCUGGUUCUCCAGAUAUGAGCGGAUUCUGAUUCGCAACGAACCAUUAUCUGACGACAUGUUUUCACUCGAGCCGAGCUUACGAAGGGUGCAUGGCACCGGCAUGGAGUGUGGGAGUGAAACUGUGGUGGUUGGCAGGAGGUUUGCCACACCGAACACGGCAGACUUCUACCCUGCGCCCGCGACAGACUGCAAGUCACCUGCCACACUGACAGAAAGGGAUGAGUACUGUAUAGUGUGAUGUCCAACCCUUCUGAAGUCAAAAUCUCAUGACAAUUUUGUCCUCGUUCGUUUAUGUCUUCACCAGUGUACCCAUGUACGACGCUUGUUGAAAUAGUCGGUGACUACGUAGAUUAGGUUCCCUGUAACAUACAGUGUAUAAGAGAUUGCUUGUGACUCGUCC